AUGGAAAAUCGGGCAAAAGAAAUAGUAAAUUCUAUACUCUCGAAAUCUCCCCUGACAAUUUCAAAGCAAGAAUUUCAAGAAGUUAGUGAUUUGAUUUUGGACUAUAAGUUAAAUGGAUAUGUUAUGGCUCUAUUGAGAAUGCAAGAAUUUUAUUUAUAUUUCGAUAUACCUUUGUCAAUCAAACACAAUAUAGAUUUAAUUUCACAUAUGGAUGAAGAGAGAAUCAAUUUUUUUGAACUGAUCGGAUACAUGUAUUUCAACAAAGGAUCUUACAUUAAUUUUUAUUAAAAUCUUGUUUUAUUUAAGUAUAAAUAAAUUGCUAGAUUAAAUCAAUAAAAUCUAUAUAUUUUGCAUUAAGUGAUCGGGGAUAUAAUAGCAUCUAUUUGGUGGCAUUAUGAAUUUUUGAAAUAAUUGGUUUAGCGAUUAUACAGCAAUCAAUAUUCAUAGUUAGUAAAAAUGAUUUAAAACUAAUAAAAAGGAAUAGAUGAGUAAAUCAAUUUAUUAGAAUUUUCAAAACAUUCAAAAUACUUUAAACUUAUUAUCAAUAAUUCAUUGACUUAUAAUUUGAAUAAUGAUCAGCUAUCAUAGAACGCUGAUGAGUUUAUUUAGACUUUAUUAAAGAAAGAUGAAUUAAAUUAUGAAGAUAUCCUAAAUUAUAUGAAACAAUCUCCAGCAAUCUCAGUAAAGAAAAGAAUAAUCUACCAUAAACUAUUGUUUUACUAUUGGCUAAUCAGUAAAUAACAUUAAUUGUAGAAGGAACCUCAAAAACAAAAAUAAUCAGCCCUUUCUUAAUCUGUCAUUUAAUUUAGGCCUACUUAAUCUCAAUAUGCAUCAUCAAGAAUAUCUAUAAAUUAAUUUUAAUCUGGCAUCUUUUAAUCUAGUAUAUAUGGAUCCAAAAUCUAAUCUAAAUUAUCUAAUAGUUCAAUACGCUACAGAAAAGCAUCCAACUCAAUUAUUUAGUAUUUAUAAGAAAAUGUCAUAAACUUAGAAGAAUCACUCCAAGAUUCUGAUUUAUUCAUGUAAUUUGAUGCAUAUAAUGAACAUUAUUAAAGUCUUGCAGAAAGUUUAUCAAUAUAUGAAAUAGGAGACUGGAAUGAUUUAAAAGAGUUGACAUAAUAGAGCACUUAAAUUCUUAAAUCUGUAUUAGAAAAUAUUAACAUCGAAAAACUUAUAGAAACCCAUUUUGAUAAAUACUUUAGCUUGAGAUCCUAUAGUUUAGUAAUUGACAGUACUCAAAAUUUUAAAUAACACAUAUAAUAUGUAGAUGAGUAAGUUAAGAUAUUCUAGUAUUAUCAAUUCCCAAGUGUAACAAGCCAAUUUUAUAAAUUUUAUGAUUUUAUAAAGCCUAAAAGUCAAAUAGAAUAGAUUGAAAUCAUUAGAUUGCUAAGCCUUAGAUUAUAAUUUACUAAAUAAUAAGUAAAUACUAUUUACAGGUGUUUACAAUUACAAUUACCAGAUCAUUUUAUAGUAAUGGAGGCAGCUAUGAAACUGAAGAGUAUUCAAACAACCCAUAAUUGUUUAAAGCAUCGAGAUUGGCUCUCAUAAAUUGAUUAAGAUGAUUGGCUUAUGCUGAAAGCAAUUGUAUUCUAACAAACUUUGAUUGACAUCUUCUAUCUUAUAGUGCAAUGUUGUUUUGAGCAAUAAAUAUUUUUAAAUACCUGGUAGAGAAUUUUGAAGAAUCUAUUUUAAAUUAUAACAUUAAGCAAAGCAAAUGAUAUUCUUUUACAUUUUUUCGAAUAUGUGAUAUCUAAUGAAAAAGAUUUUUCAUAUUUUCUAAACUUAAUUUCUGUUACAGAACCACCAAAAUAUUCUAACAAUUUUUAUUAAGAAAUCUUAGAUUUUCUUGAGAGAGUGCUAAAUUUAGAAAAUCAGCAAGAAAAGGUUUACAUUUUGAAGGGAUUUCAAGUAAUAUAUCCAUUUCCAAACAUUUUCAAAAUAGAUUUUCUUAUUGGCAACAUAAAUCAAUAAUCUAAGAGUCUUAUUUAAUACAUUAAGAUAAAGUAAAAUUAGGAUGACAAUGAAACUUUGACAUAAUUAUGUUACUAAUUAUAUUCAUCUGAUUAGCAAUUUUAUUCAAAAUACAUCCCUCCUGAAGAUACUCCUGGGUUUGAUUUACAUUUUACCGCUGAAAGAGAAUUGAGCGAAACCUAAGCUAAAUUAUUUCAUCUAAAAAUUGUAGAGUAGUUAAAUUUACCUAAGAAGGAGGAUGUGAUCAACGAGAUUCAAAAAUAUCUAAAUCCCUUGAGAGGCUCUUGUAAAUCAGUAAUUAAGGAAUUAGAUUAGAAUAUCUUUGGCCAUUAGAUUAGAGAUAUAUCAGAUCAGGAUAUUCUUGAAUAUGUUCUAAAUCAUAAAAAAUUUAUAGAAAAUCAUGUAGAUAAAAAAAUAUCAUAAGUGAAACAAAGGAUAUAAUAAAAACUAAGGAAAAUAGAGGUUUUGAUAGAGAAAUACCAGAAUACUCGGUAGAUUGUCAAUUAAAUGAAUAAAAAAUUUAAGUUCCCAUAAAGAUCUAAAUACUACAUUAAAUCAGAAUAUCAUCAUUUAAUUGAGCCUGGUUCUCUAGUCUACAAAUUUAUAUUUGAACUUAUUUUGGUUUAAAGAAGCAUUUAAGGAUCAAGGUUAAUUGAAUCUGAUUCUUAAGCUGGCUUCGCAAUCCCUCGAAAUUAAAAUGAAGAUAAUAAAAGAUCGAAUGGUGCAUAGGUAGAGUAAUAAAAUAAAAACAAAUCAGAAUAGGAUAUAAUUUAAUAUUAUUUGUAAAUUGGAGAGGAUGGAAGAAUACCAAUUUUAAAAAUGUUUUUAGAUUAACUGGAAGUUGAGAUGAAUACUUAUAUACUCGAAUUAAAAUAAUACUAAUAAGAUUUGAUAAUAAGAGAUCUUGAUGAUCAAAUAAGCGAAUUUAAGAAGAUAUAAAUAGGGUGUUCUGAAUCCUGUCCAUUUUGUGGAAGAAAAUGUGAUCAAGAUGUUUUAAAGAAACAUAAACAUAAAUGUUCUACUGGACAUUAAAUUAGAAGCAUGAAGGGUAUUUUGAUUGAUCAAAAAUUAUCAUUGUUGACUUGUGAAGAAUUGCAGGAUGAUUAUUAUGUUUAUGAUUAGCAAGUGCAAGAUCUAAGAAAAUGGGUAGAUUUGAAAUUAAGAUAUAAAAUUUGGAAUUUUUGCAAUUUCAAAAAUAAUGAAGAAUUAAAAUAGCAUUAAUUGAACUAUCAAACUUACUGGAAUUAUAAGGUUGGUAAAGUCAUUUGCAAUUAUUUGAAUUGCAGAUUUUUUUAAAAGGAAUUAGAAUAAUGGAAUCAAAGCCAUCAUUUUAUAUUAGUAAUUGAUGAAUCUGGGUCUAUGGCAGGGUAAAAGUGGAAGAUCUUGAUGGAAGCAAUUUAGUAAUGUUUUAUAGAGUUGCGGAAGUAUCCAAACAAUAGAAUUUCGCUUAUUCAAUUUAGUGAUGAUGCUAGAUUUGUUGUUGGGAGUAAUCAACCUGAAGAAAUCCCUUAAUAGGAGCAAGUUAAGUAAUUUUAAAUGAUGUCUGGAGGGACAAAUUUUGAGAAUGCAUUUCUUUUAGUAUUCUAUGCUAUUUAAAGAUGUAUUUCACAAUUCGAUUUUUAAACCGUUGUAUUUUACACUGAUGGGGAUGCUGAUUAUCCAAAUGUGUCGAUGGAUUUGUUUGCAUAAGUCAAUUAAGAACUCAGAUAGAAAAUAGAUAUUUUAAUUUGCACUGAAAUUAAAGAGUCUAAAUCUUUACAAAAGGUUUGUUAGGUAUUUCAAUAAAAAAUGGGUAAGGGAACAUUAAAGGAAAAUGUAAAAAUUGAUUAAAUUGGACAACUACUGUAAGAGAAGGUUUGUUAAAAGUAUUGA